GAGGGCGGAGAUGGGGGAGUCACAGAGAGAGGGGAUGAGAUUAGAUUGAGAAGGACUGCAUCUGUUGUUUCCUCUCCAGCAUUUCUAAAGGAACCAAGAAUUUUUGAAAAAUCUGUAUCAUUCAUUAGUUGUAGCUUCUGUACAGGUCUGCAUGUGUUCUCUUUUAGUUGUGAGUCCAUUCACAAAGGAGCCACAUCUACUCCAGCUGUAGUGUUUUGUGCCACAGAGAGAGAGUGAGAAAGAGAGAGAGAGCAAUAGAGAGAGUGAGACAGAGAAAAGAGAGAUAGUGGACAGGCUCGCGGGGAAGAUCUCAGGGGCAACAGAUCUGGUUCGUUCGGCUGAAAGACCAAACACGGGAUGGAUUUCUGCACAACGUGAACGAGCAGGGAGCAGCUGCCUCACACAUCAAAAGCCAGGAUGUCAGGGAUGGAUGUCCCAUUAGUGGACCAUAACGAGACUGGAAUCUCUUCAGUAGACAAUGGGACUUUCCUCCGUUUCUCUCCAACCUCCUCCUCCACGUCGGCGGCUGCUUCAUCUCCAGGACGUCCGGGCAACGUUUACGUCUACGUGUGGCUCUUCCUCGGCCUGCUGGUGUUCCUGCUGACGCUGCUCAUCAUCUCUCUCCACAGGCUGAAGAACAUCAUCUCCUCCUCCUCCUCUGUGCCCGACUGCAGCAGCGAGGGAGGAAGCUCCUUCACCAACAUGGAGAUCUGCAGCAUCUCGUCUCAGAGGUCGACCAUCUCCUCGCUCUCCACCUGAGGGGAAUGUGAAGGAGCACAUAUAGAAGAGACACAUACACAUCUAUGUGCUCUCCUUCGUGCACGCAACACGAAGGCAUGCACACACACAUGAAGCACACAGAGGCGUGACAUCUCCACAUUGUGACAUAGAAACACGAAAACACUUUGUCAGCUGCAAAGAUGCUGACAACAUGGUAUUACACUCCAUGCAUGCAUUUUCUAAUCCUGAUGGUCCAGUAAUUCUGGAGUGUCGAUGCAAUUUCCGAGGGCAAAGGGGAAAUAAAGCUCACAAUGUGAUGAAGAGGUCUUGAGGGGUGAGAGUGACCCUUCCGAGUUUUACAAUUAAGACAAAUGAACCUGAGAAACUGCCUUGUCUCUGCAGGAAAAACAUAAUGAGCAACUAGCAAUUAUCAUUCCUUCCCUGUCUUGUGUUGUACGUGUCACUUACUUUAAAAGAAAUAGCAUUGUUUUAAGGUGAAGUUUUGUACAGCAUGUCUCAAAAUGUCUGUAGAUUACAUUGCAAAAACAGCAUCAUAAUAAUAUUAAAUACUACUUCGUACAGAAA